UCGGAACGAGUUAUCGACUUUUUCAGUGCGCUCGCCGGAAAAAUUAUUCUCGAGAAAAGGCCUUAAUCUUACGAGAUGUGUACUUUCUGACAAUGAGUAGUCGGCUUAAUUCGAUGAGAUUUUCUGCCGUGCCAUGCCUGGAACACGGGAUUAAGUUGUAGGGCUCAAUUAGGUGACUGAUGAAAAUCCACCGACGAUUGACAAUCAUUGUCAACCAUCGGCCGGCUCAGAAAGGGUCCGAGACUGCUGCCAUGUUUUGGUUCACAGCAAUGUAGAAAGAACCUCAUUUGAUGCUACAGACAUCGCCAGAUCAGUACUCUUUGUGGCGAAAAUCGACAAAGAUUGACCAUGUUUUGCCAACGAAGUUCGACUAUUACUCCUAGAAACUUUGCAAUUCUUUUAUGUGACCAAUUGAUGUCAUCGCAGGGCCGCUUUGUGAUUAAUGUUCUGCAAGGGUCAUUGAACCGAAAGUAUGGAUUGUUGACUCUAUGGAUGACAGAUACUGACGGGGCACAUAUCGGCGGCUGCCUCGCCGGCCCUCUAAUUGCAGGCAACCAAGUUCAAAUUGUUUUCGGCACAUUCGAGGAUACUAUAGAGAGAAAGUACAAGAGAAAGCGUUCGGCUACUGCUCCUGCGGCUGCGGGCGAAGUUGAUGACGGCGAACUGGUGGAUGUCCCCGUGUGCGCGGGUGAGAUGGUGGAAGCCAAUGCAAAUGGCAGCUCUCCUGGACCUGAGGGCUCGGACGGGGGAGAGCCGAUCAUGGCCAGCCCUAUUACUAUUGUGCCACCAGCCUCGACUCUCCCCGAGGGAUCGGAAGAGGAAGAGCCGAUCAUGGUCAGCCCUAUUACUAUUGUGCCACCGGCCUCGAGUCCCCCCGAGGGAUCGGAAGAGGAAGAGCCGAUCAUGGCCAGCCCUAUUACUAUUGUGCCACCGGCCUCGAGUCUCCCCGAGGGAUCGGAAGAGGAAGAGCCGAUCAUGGCCAGCCCUAUUACUAUUGUGCCACCGGCCUCGAGUCUCCCCAAGACACCGGACGACCCGAAUGAGUGAGUCCAUGGAUAUUUGUGGCAGUGACCCUGAGAAGUGAAGUUCUAGCCCUGGCGAAUCGUUGUUUUGGAAGCUACUGUCGUCGUCUUCGAUUGUCUGUUGUUAUUUUCUUUCGGUUUAAUUUCAGUGAAUCGGACUUAUCUAAUGUGAUCGUGCUUUAUGAAUAAUGACUGUUGUCCCAUUUCCUUCA